GGCGGCAGCGACAAGAAAAGGAUUAGUUCAGAACGCAGAAAGGAGAAGUCUAGAGAUGCAGCCCGAUGUCGGAGGAGCAAGGAAUCGCAGGUCUUCUACGAACUCGCUCACCAGUUGCCUCUCCCCCAUCACGUGAGUGCGCAUCUCGACAAAGCCUCUAUUAUGAGGCUAACCAUCAGCUACCUGCGCAUGAGGAAGCUGCUGGAUGCAGGUGACCUGGAGGCGGAAGCCGAGAUGGAGACGCAGCUCAACUGCUUCUACUUAAAAGCUCUCGAUGGAUUUGUGAUGGUUCUCUCGGAGGACGGCGACAUGAUCUACAUGUCUGAGAACGUGAACAAGUGCAUGGGACUCACGCAGUUUGAGCUGACUGGACACAGUGUGUUUGAUUUCACUCAUCCGUGCGACCAUGAAGAGCUGAGAGAAAUGCUCACCCACCGGAACGGGCCUGUGAAAAAGGGAAAGGAGCAGAACACGGAGCGCAGCUUUUUCCUGCGGAUGAAGUGCACGUUGACCAGCCGGGGACGGACGGUCAACAUCAAGUCUGCCACGUGGAAGGUACUUCAUUGCACGGGGCACAUCCGCAUCUACGACAGUGGCGGAGGCAGCCAGACGGUCUGCGGGUACCAAGAGCCCCCCAUGACGUGCUUGGUGUUGAUCUGCGAACCGAUCCCUCACCCGUCGAACAUCGAAGUCCCCCUGGACAGCAAGACGUUCCUCAGCCGCCACAGCCUCGACAUGAAGUUCUCGUACUGCGACGAAAGAAUUACAGAGCUGAUGGGCUACAAUCCUGAAGAGCUGCUGGGCCGCUCCGUCUACGAAUACUACCACGCCCUGGACUCGGACCAUUUGACCAAAACGCAUCAUGACAUGUUCGCCAAAGGGCAAGUGACCACCGGGCAGUACAGAAUGCUCGCUAAGCAGGGGGGCUACGUCUGGGUCGAGACGCAGGCAACGGUUAUCUACAACACUAAGAAUUCCCAGCCGCAGUGUAUCGUGUGCGUGAACUACGUCUUGAGUGGCAUCGUCGAGAAGGACUUGAUAUUCUCGCUCCAGCAGACGGAGUGCAUGUUGAAGCCAGUGGAUUCUCCGGAGAUGAAGAUGACCAAACUGCUAGGCAAGGAUACCCUGGAAGACAGCAACAGCCUCUUCGAGAAACUGAAGAAGGAGCCGGAAGCGUUAACCUUCCUCGCCCCUGCUGCCGGGGACACCAUAAUCGCGCUAGACUUCGGCACUGAUGACUCUGAUGAGCAGCCACUCGAUGACGUUCCUUUGUAUAACGAUGUCAUGCUCCCCUCAUCCAGUGAGAAAUUGCAGAGCAUACAUUUGGCCAUGUCCCCCCUGCCCGCUUCAGACGCCGCCAAGCCUCUGCGGAGCAACGCGGACCCGGUGCUCAACAGGGAGGUGGUGUCCCACGCGGAGCCCCUGGACCUCUUCUCCGUCCACCAGAAGCAAGAGCAGCCAGCCACUCCUUCCGACGGCAGCACCAGCCAAAGCUCACCUGAGCCCAGCAGCCCCAGCGACUACUGCUUCGAUGUGGACAACGAAAUGGCCAGCGAGUUCAAGCUCGAGCUGGUGGAGAAGCUCUUCGCCAUCGACCCGGACUCGAAGAACCCGUUCUCUAUGCAGGAAACGGAUUUAGAUUUGGAGAUGUUAGCUCCCUACAUCCCCAUGGACGACGACUUCCAGUUACGUACCUUCGACCAGCUUUCUCCGCUGGAGAGCAGUUCAGCGAGCACGCCUCCCAAUGCGGCCAAGGCCGCCGGGUUUCAGCCCGCUCCGAGGCCACCUGCCGCAGCGGAGGAGAUAAAGCCCGCGUCCACCAAACCUGGGGAUGACUCGGAGAUGCUCAUAGCUCCCAUUAAAAUCGCUGUAGAAAAGACCAGCCGCCCAGCCUCGCCGUAUGCGGAGAGUCCAAGCCGAACAGCGUCGCCGGUCAGAACGGGGAAAGGCCUGGUAGAGCAGAAAGGGAAAUCAAGUCCAGGGACACCCAACUUAUUAACAGUCACGUUGGGUAAAAGUAAAUCGACUGCGGCGAACGAAGGCCUCAGUCCGAAGAUCAUAGCUUUGCAUAACAUUCAGAGGAAACGGAAGAUGGAGCAGGAGGGCUUGCUUUUCCAAGCGGUGGGAAUUGGUGCUUUGCUGGCGCAGUCGGGUGGUCCUGGAGGAAACGUGUCGCUGGCCUGGAAACGCGUAAAAGGGUGCAAGUCUAACGGGCAGAACGAGGUGGCCGAGAAGACGGUCAUUUUGCUGCCGUCAGAUAUAGCCAGCAAGCUCCUAGGGCAAUCGAUGGAUGAGAAGGGACUCCCGCAGCUGACCAGCUACGACUGUGAAGUGAAUGCUCCCAUCCAAGGCAACCGAAACCUGCUGCAGGGCGAAGAGCUGCUGAAAGCCCUGGAUCAAGUCAACUGAGCUUCCCCCUCUCCCCCCACCCCCCUGCACUGUCGUCGUUCCGUUUUAUUGGACACUGGUGAUUCACCGCCUAAAAAAAAAAAAAGCAGUCUAUUUAUAUUUUCUAUAUCUGAUCUUAGAAGCCUGGCUACAAAAUACUGCACUAAUUCAGUUAGUUGGGUUCAGAUCCCCCUUUCUACUUUUGGAGUCCUUUUCUCUUUUUUAAAGCAGAUUUAAACAAAAAAAAAAUGCAUUCUUUACGUAAAACAGCAGUUGAACUCCGCAAACUGCGUUUUCGUAACUGAACCUUUGGUAAGCCGAAGAGUUGGAAAUUGGGGACUUUUUUUAGAGCACGCUGGCAGUUUUGCAGCUUUUUAAGUAGGCACCUUUUUAAUUAUUAUUUAUUUUUUUAAAUUUUUGACCGGGGGUUUAUUACCGAAAAGACGUUCUGUUGGCGAAACAGGCUCGGCCUUUUUUAAUAUGGUUGGGGGGGGGUCUGUAAGCGAGUCGAGAAACAGCUUGCGAUUUGUAGCUCUACGACGUCCGGAUAAAUUUUUACUUCUUUUAAUUUUUUUUUUUUAAAGAAGGAGACAAAAAAAAAAAGAUUUACUAAACGUUGCUUUGAUGUAGUGCAUUUGUAGCCACAAUCGCACAAUAUAUUUUCUUAAGAAAAUAAAAAAUAAAAGAACCAGCAAGUUCCUCAUGCAAUAUAUUCUGCGUUUAUAAAGCUAGUUUUUAAAAGGAGAACAACCUUUUGAAUUUUUCCUUUUCUUCCUUUCUGUUCCUUCUCGUUCUGUUUUAUUGCCUGUGAAAUCAUGUUGAAAAUUUUUUUUGCCGUAUCGUUGUUGUUUUAGUCACGUAAUACAGAAGAGUUCUUGAAAUGCUGUGUUUAAUGUCCAGGUGUGGUCGGGAGAAAAAGAAAAGAAGGGGUUUGAUCUGAAAAAGCUAGCAGCGUUUGGGGAUUUUUAGUUCAUAGAUUUUUUUUAAAAAAAAAAUAAAAGAUGUCUGAAAAGCGUUUAUAUGUGGUGCGGAGAAAGAAACGUAUAAUACUAGAAUUUGGACUCACCUGAUGAAAUCAGUUGUCAGCAAAUUCAGGGGAGACAGAAGAAAGGACUUCUUUCCACAAGGCAUUGGUGAAUUGCUACCGGCAGAGGCUUAGACGCGCUCACGGCUGCCUGUAGCAAUUGGCCACGAUAGCUAAUUAAUGCCUCCAUUUUCAGAGGCAGUAUACUUCCGCGUAACCUCUUUGCUGGGGGACAGAAUAACAAGGGAGGGGCUUCCCUUCACGUCCUGCUCCGCAGCCUUCGUCGAAGCAUUAGGCUGGCGAGAGCUAGGGUGCUGGACCAGAUGAGCCUGGGCUCUACUCCAGCAGGGCUCCCUCCGUUUGCAUGGAUACCUCUCUCCCUUGAACUCGAAGAGAAAAGUGUUUUCAAAGUCACCUGCUUCGCCCGACGCAAAGAGAGAAACAAAAACCUUUCCCCCUGCCUAUAGCUGUGAAAGUCCAUGCUGAUUAUUGUGCACCUGAGAACUGAAUCUUAAAUGUUUCCGGUUAACCUUGUCUGGGUAGAGGUGAUAUUUCAAGCAAAUUGUAAAGCAUCCUCUCUUUUUUUUUUUUCUUUCUUUCUCGCUAGCAGAGCUGCCUAGUCCGACAUUUGAGUUGCUCAGUGAUAUAUGAUGUUUUUUGGGGUGGGGGGGGGGGGUGGGGCGGGUUUAUGCACCUUGUUGCUAUUAAUAUCUAUAUUUUAUUUUAUUUUUAUUUUUUUUUGUUAACCAUAGAUUUCGGAAAUGCUGAAUAUAUUUUAGGAACCUUUUUUAAAAAAAAAAUAAUUAGGGAAUAUGUCACAAAAGAUCUUAUUUUCCUUCUUUGUGCUGGACAAUAUUCCACCCCCCUCCACAUUCUGUCCUUUUUUUGUGGUUGGAUCUAACACUAACUGUAUUGUUUUAUUACAUCAAUAAACUAUAUGUGGACCAGG